GACUCUCGCUCCCAAGUCGUCCAGCUCGUCAACAGCAGUCAUGGUGUCGCUCCGCCUCAACACUAGCCCGCGUGUGCCCUCCUUCAGUGGCCCCAUGGCCCUCGCGACCGCUCUCCUGGUCGUGUCCAUCUUCUCCGAGCCGUACUGGCAGAACUUCUACAUCAUCCAGGGCAAGGCGCUCAACACGACCAUCAAGCUCGGCGCCUGGGGUGCCUGCACCAAGUACCGCAACAACACUGGCAUCGUUGGCCCCGACGAGUUCUGCACGAGCGUCAAGUCCGGCUACGACUUCUACUUCGUCCCCAACGCCACCGAGGGCGGCAUCGACCAGUUCCCGACCGUCAAGGGCGACUCUGCCAUCCUCGGCCUCGACGCCGCCGACAGCGACCGCAUCUUCAUCAUCGGCUCGAGCGCCACGUCCGUCUACUGGAUCCACGUCGUCGCCGCCAUCACCGCCCUCCUGUGCAUGAUCUCGCUCCUGUUCCCGCCGCGGUACUUUGGGUCCGAGACUUCGCGGCUGUUUGCGCUGCAAAAGUCGGGCAUCAUCACGAUUCUGCUCGCGCUCGCCGCGUUCGUCAUCACCAUCGUCGCCUUUGCCGCCCAGUUGGCCGUUGCCAUCCCGGCCCGCAACCGGUUCGUCGCCGCGUCGGACCAGAUCGAGAUCAAGCUCGGCAACGUCCAGUGGUUCGUGCUGCCGUGCUUUAUCCUCAUGAUCCCGGCGCUCCUCAGUGUGCUCCUCCGCUCGACGGCCGCGCACGAGUACACCGACCUCUGAGCGCCUCCUGUCGCUCUCGGGCCGCCGGCGCGCGCG